GACAGGCCCAGCAGGCAGACCCAGGGAGGUGCCUCGGAGUGGCCGGUGGGCCCGAGGCUCCAGCAAGGGGCAAGGUCCAUCCCUGGCCCAAUGGGGCAGCAUUGGUGGCCACGGCCCAGCCCGAGUCCGGGCAGCAUCAGCCCCUGGCACCAGGGAGGCCCUGGUGGCCCUCACCUCCCAGAAGAGCAGCUGCCGCCAGUGUCCAGGGGAUGACGAAUCCCUCCUCUCCAGGCCACCUAGAGGAGAAGGCCGUCCCACCUGGAGACCAUGUGGGGCUCCCAGGAGCUACUUCUGGUGUGGUUUCUGGUGCUGGCAGUGGGUGGCACCGAACACCACCUCUACCGGCCCAGCCGCAGGGUGUGUGCCUUCGGGGGAGCCAGGGGCCCUGUCCCCGAGUCCUUUGUGCAGCGGGUGUACCAGCCCUUCCUAACCACCUGUGAUGGGCACCGGGCCUGCAGCACAUACCGAACCAUCUAUAGGACCGCCUACCGACGUAGCCCUGGGCCAGCCCCUGCCAGGCCUCACUAUGCCUGCUGCCCCGGCUGGAAGAGGACCCCCGGGCUCCCCGGAGCCUGCGGAGCAGCAAUAUGCCAGCCGCCAUGCCGGAACGGAGGGAGCUGUGUCCAGCCAGGCCGCUGCCACUGCCCUGCAGGGUGGCAGGGUGACACCUGCCAGACAGAUGUGGAUGAAUGCAGUUCAGGAGGGGGUGGCUGUCCCCAGCGCUGUGUGAACACCGCAGGCAGUUACUGGUGCCAGUGUUGGGAGGGGCACAGCCCAUCUGCGGAUAGGACACUCUGCUUGCCCAGAGGAGGGCCCCCCAGGGUGGCCCCAACCCCCACGAUAGAAGCUGCAGCUGGUGCUGGCUCCGCUGCACAGCCUGGCCUCACGGGCCCUGGAGCACGGGCUCCCCGACCCGGGCAGCCUCCUGGCCCACUCCUUCCAGCAGCUGGACCGCAUCGACUCUCUAAGCUCCUGCAAGAAGGAGCUGUGAUUGGCCCAGCCCAGGACCCCUCACCCCAGGCUGGACUGAGCCUGCACCCCACCCCUCCCCACUCUGCCCUGCAGCCCUCCCUGACAUGCUAGAGCCCAGAUGCCACUCCUGGCGGUGACUGAGCAGGAGGCCAGAAGGGCUCUUACUCAAGACUCCUGGGACUCAGGUGGUGGGAGGGUUGGGGACCUCUGCGUGAAUCCACCCCUGGCAACCCCUGGAGAGCUUUCCAGGGCCUGGUGCUCAUGGCCGAGGGAAGGUACGAGGGCUCCCACACAGAGCCCAGGACCAGUGGUCCUCACUGGGCAGUCUGCCGGGAGAAGGGGUGGGGGCCUGUCCCCGGAUCUUUGUCAGAAUAAAAUGAGACUUGA